UGUAGCCUUACCAGAUCACGUCUACUGCUGCUUCAGAGCGGUUACUAGGGCACCAGCUUAGGCAGUGUCUCGGCCCCUUGAGCUUGCUGCGACAUACAUACAUAUCACAGUUAGUCUCGUCUUAUAUAGGCGAAACGUGUUGACGGCUCACCGGCGCGUCGUGGCCUACGGUAACCUCGGUGAGCGUGGUUAGACGUUGUGCUGGAAACGGCUUUGAAGUUUGGAGAAUCUGGGCGCUUCCCUGCAUCUUCAGCUUGACUGGCGCUGGCUGUGCACGCGUCAUCUUCUUGAGGUCGCCUCUCCUUCUGCCUCAGCGCUUGCUUCAAGUGUUCCAUUGACAAAGGAGCUCCGCGAAGAACCCUUCCGGGUCACCAGCCGUCCAUGUCCCUGGACUCGAAUCCUGGUAGCAACACCGCGACUACUGCCUUGCUGUCCUCACUCCAGGAACUUAGAAGCACUAACAGCGGAGUUCUUGGGCUUGCUAUCGGCAGCAACGACGGGUUUGGGGCCAAGAGCGUUGCUGCCUGCGCCGGCUUGGCUACGGAUCUUGCCCUUCAGUUUGGCAGUUGGGGUCCUGAGGAACUCCAAACCUUUGGACUUUCAUCCUUCGGCGCCUCCAUGCCGCAGCACUUUCAGGGCUUUCCAUGUCACGGAUAUAUCGAGGCGCAGCCCUUUACCGCGACGACUGGUACAGAGUUGGGCUACGUCUGCGCGCCGGCGAUGGUGGGUGGUUUCCAGCCGCCGUCAAUUGACAACAUCUGCAGCGCCAUGAGCAAGUCUACCAGCUGUUCAGCCUCACAGUUUUCACUGUCGUUGUGUUCAGCAGCAGCAGCCGCAGCCAAUACUGCGACGCAGCCUACGUUCCUCGGAAGCAACCCAGAUGACAACGCGAGCAACGCCUCCUUUCAGAUACAGCAGCAACAGGGCUUAGCUGAAGGACAGCUAGGGGCUGUUCACUGGAGCCUGUUAGCCACAGCCGCGGAGGCCAUGGCCAUGUACCUGGCAGGUAGCAUUAGCAGCAACAGCUUUGCCAACACCAAGCCAUCGCCUCCCGCCGCCGCUUACAACGACCUCGUAGGCAGCAGCAGUUGCACCCAACAACAACUGUUGUUUCCAGCGCCCGCGGAGGCAGCAGCUGCAUCACCACCAGCACAACUGGACUCGCAGCCGCAAGCGUUCUCCGCAUACACUUCCUCCGACGGGGGCGACAUGGCCAGCAGAACCAACGGGCCUACGUCUGCUAGCGCAUUGGUGGGCGGUGACGUCAACAGCUUUGCCUCCCAUGCAUGCAGUGCGGGACUCGCAUCAUCCGGCGGAAUUCCUGACCAACCUACCUCUGGAUGCGCCUAUGAAGCAGCCAGUACCACCACUUUGCCAGCACCUACCAUCAACAACUCAGGUGCGGCUGCCACAGCUGCACCGUUCCACGCCGAGCAGCAACAACCGCAACAGCAGCAACCUGCUUUCGAACCCGUCGGUGCUGACACUAACGCCUCCGUGCUUGCUAGCAACCUAUCGUCGCAGCCCUGCAACCAGCCUGACAUCUCGUACAACUGCAACACAGGCUUCUGGUGGCAGGGCUUUUACUUCAUCAACUACGACCACCUACUUGCAUACCGCCGUUGCGCCAUCGCUUACAACUUCCACUUCUUUGGCAUCCGACCCAACUUCAAGCCGCCCUCCAACCUCCCACGGCCACGGCGCCGUGCCUCCUCGGCACCGCAACCCCGCCCGCCUACUUCUCGCCUUGCCGCCGCCGCUGCUGCUGUCAGUACUCUUGUAGCGCCUGCAGCGCCCACUGGAUCUGCCGCCACCCAAGCUGAGCUCUUACCGACAGACUCAAAAGCAGUGCCCCUACACCCUUCAGAGGCCGCUCCUGUGAGCCCUGGUGACGGCUCCGGCGUCCGCGGCCCUAGCAGCCCUGACGAGGAUGAUGAGGCAUCGUCAUCUUGCUGUGGAUCUCCGGGCGAUAGCAGCAACAGCACCAGUAGCAUCGCUAGCGGUGUGGAUGAUAGCAGCGACGACACGUCUAGUCAUGACGGACGCCGCGGUGAGAGUGCUGACUCGAACCGAUCCUCGCCCUGCUCCACAUCGAGCCCUGAUCAGCAGCAACGGGCUAAGGCUGCCGCAUUUGCGGGGCAGGAGAAGCAGGAAGUGCUGCGACCACCCUGCUGGGGACAGUGUGCGUCCGUUUCCUGCCCAGCUGCCGUUGUCCUCCCACAGCAACCGGAGUCAACCGCCUCCACGACCUCUCUCCCUGCUAAGGCCGUGGUGAAAACGCAGGAGUCAGCCGGCGUGAUCGCUUCCGCCGCAGCAACGACACGCAGCAACGUGAUGACGAACGCCUCGCCCACCAGCAGCCCUUCGUCGCCAUUCAGCUAUGUCUCCAGUUGCGCGAGUCCUAUUUUGAUGCCGCCACUGCCAUCGCUGCGCUGCCGUACGGCGAACACCGGAGGGGCUGGAAGCCCUGUUGCUAACACAGCAGGCGAUGCACUUUCCCCAGGUUACCCCGCGUCUUGCUCUCCGCCUCCCUUCUCCUUUGCGCCUGCUGCUGCCGGGAGCGGCAGCCCCACGGCCUGCGUGUCUCCCCUCUGGAUGGAACGGCAUCUGGGAGGCAUACUGGAGCGGGUAGUUGGGGAUGCGUUUUGGGGCAGCGAGGAUGAGACGGCGUGAGGGAUUCACGUGGAGGAACUGGGUAGUGAAAACAGUAGGGGGUCGUGGGCACAAUAGAGCAAUACGCGAUCGGACUCGAAAGAGAAAAUGCAAGUACCGCAAGCUGGGUACUGCAUGCGUGAUGUCUUAGCAGGGCAGGUUGAUGCUGGCUGAGCGAAGCAGGUAGCCGUUACAUAAAUUCGUUAGGUAGGUUGGGUAAGGUUGGCCUGGCACGCGUUUAUGUGGUGUAUUUGGAGGUAGACCUGGGGUCGAGGCGUGAUAACUCGAGUGCGGGGGCUUCGUAGGAACUGCAGGAUGGCUGGGGUGAAUACUUUGGCUGCGAGCAAGGUGUUAUCUGUAGGUAUGGUAUCCUGAAGUGAUCUUCCAUGACAAGCUGCUGCGCUGGGCCGUGUGGGGCCGGCGUGCUCUGGAUGUGUGUUGGCUUGAGAUGGGUUUCCAAAUGAAUUCAUGCAUUGUUACACUUACAAUGUGGAUUUGAGUACAAUUAUGUUUACCAGCUCGUUAAGCCGCAAGCAAGGUGUUCAAUGGUAUCUUUGGAAGCCCCCCAUGUGCAGCAAUCUGCUUACCAGGAUGUACAUGCCUUGACAUUUCAACCUGCUUCUUUAUCAUGGUGGUUGGGUUAUCCCAUAAGUUAUUACCCGUUGUUAGUACGCACACGGCCCGCAACUGCAACGUAUCCAGCAAAGGUGCAACCCACUGGCAUGGGAUGAAGACCCGCCACUGGUUGGUGCCAGAUCGGUUUCAGGUGGAAGCUCAUUUACUAGGUUCUUCUGUCUGAAAGGUCUGCUUUCUUCAUUCUUCGUCACGCACAUGCGAACGUUGAUGACAUGAUGAGGUUGGAUUUCAUAGCUAAUCUUCUGGACGCAGCCAAUUGAACAGUGAGCUGCGUGAUUCGGCAUGAACGAUGGUGACUCAUGCAUCGCAGAUAUGCUGCGUACUGGAACCCGGGCUUCCAGCAUGCGCGUAUUUGAACGGAUGUGAGGGGCACAGCGGAGGUAGACUACAUGUAGCCCUGGCGAAUAAUGAGGGCCAGUAAAUUUAUGCCGCCGGCAAUGCAGAUGCCUAACCACGAAGUGAAACUGUAACGCCCCCAAUUGUCCCCAGAUGUGGAAUGCAUAGACACAGGGCCGACAGGGCAAUGCACUUGACAUGUUUGUGGCAAAGCCAGACAACGUUCUGGUCAUGAAUGGAG